CCCCCCCCCCCCCCCCCCGCCCCCCAUUCCCGGUGCAAGUCCCCGGCCGCAGUGUGAGGGUCCCCCCGCUACGGCGUCCCCGGUGGGGCGGGGAGGGAGCCGCGACCGGGCGGGCGCGGCCGGGGUCGCUAGGGGGAGGCACGGUACCGGGAAGCCGGGGCGGAGGCGCGGCGGUUGGGAGGAAGGCGGAGGGCGCCCCCUCAGCACGGCGGCGCCGCGCCCCCCGCCCCGGCUUGGCUUUUGCCUUUGGGCGGCACCUCCGCCGGCGGGCUGGGGGGAAGCAGGGGAGAGGCGCUUCUGUAUUGAUUUGUUUCCCUAAAGGGCGAAGGGAGGGGAGACCGGAGCCGUGCGCGGGGAGGAGGACGCGCCAGCUGGCGGGGAGGAGGGCGCGGAGGCAGCCCCGUCACAGGAGGAGGAGGAGAAGCCGGCGCGGAGCCUCGCCUCGCCUCACAGCCCCUCCGCCGUCACCGCCUCGCCGUCCCUGGCCGCCGGAGGUACCGGCGGCCGCCCGCCCUCAUGAUGGCCUCAACCACCACCUGCACCCGGUUCACCGACGAGUACCAGCUCUUCGAGGAGCUCGGGAAAGGGGCGUUCUCCGUCGUGAGAAGAUGUAUGAAAAUCACCACAGGACAAGAGUACGCUGCCAAAAUUAUCAACACCAAAAAGCUUUCGGCUAGGGAUCACCAGAAACUGGAAAGAGAAGCUAGAAUCUGUCGCCUCUUGAAGCAUCCCAAUAUUGUGCGGCUUCAUGACAGCAUAUCAGAAGAAGGAUUCCAUUACUUAGUCUUUGACUUAGUCACUGGAGGUGAAUUAUUUGAAGAUAUAGUUGCAAGAGAAUAUUAUAGUGAAGCAGAUGCCAGUCAUUGCAUUCAGCAGAUCCUGGAGGCUGUGCUCCACUGCCAUCAGAUGGGCGUAGUCCAUCGCGACCUCAAGCCUGAGAACUUACUUUUAGCUAGCAAAUCCAAGGGAGCAGCAGUAAAACUGGCAGACUUUGGAUUGGCUAUAGAAGUCCAAGGAGAACAACAGGCUUGGUUUGGUUUCGCUGGUACUCCAGGAUACCUUUCUCCAGAGGUGUUACGAAAAGAUCCUUAUGGAAAACCUGUGGAUAUGUGGGCAUGUGGUGUCAUUCUUUAUAUCCUCCUGGUGGGAUAUCCUCCUUUCUGGGAUGAAGACCAGCACAGGCUUUACCAGCAGAUAAAGGCUGGUGCUUAUGAUUUUCCCUCACCAGAAUGGGAUACGGUGACUCCUGAAGCAAAGGACCUUAUCAAUAAAAUGCUUACCAUCAACCCAGGAAAACGUAUCACAGCAUCAGAAGCACUAAAGCAUCCAUGGAUCUGUCAACGUUCUACUGUUGCCUCUAUGAUGCACAGACAAGAGACUGUAGAUUGCUUGAAGAAAUUCAAUGCAAGAAGAAAACUAAAGGGGGCCAUUUUGACAACUAUGCUGGCUACCAGAAAUUUCUCAGCAGCCAAGAGUUUACUGAAAAAGCCGGAUGGAGUUAAGAAAAGGAAGUCCAGUUCGAGUGUUCAGAUGAUGAUAAACAACAAAACGAACGUGGUAACCAGCCCCAAGGAAAAUAUUCCUACCCCGGCGCUGGAGCCCCAAACUACAGUAAUCCACAACCCUGAUGGAAAUAAGGAAUCAACAGAGAGUUCCAAUACAACCAUCGAAGAUGAGGAUGUGAAAGCGGGCAAGUCCACGAAAAAUGCAAACUCAGAGAGUCAUUCGCUUGAGUCUGAGCUGUCCCACUCCACUCCUUCCUCUGUGCUGUCUCGUAAGCAAGAGAUUAUCAAGGUUACUGAGCAGUUGAUUGAAGCUAUCAACAAUGGGGACUUUGAAGCUUACACAAAAAUCUGUGAUCCGGGCCUUACAUCUUUUGAACCUGAAGCUUUGGGUAAUCUAGUAGAGGGGAUGGACUUUCACCGGUUUUACUUUGAAAAUGCUUUAUCCAAAAGUAAUAAGCCAAUCCACACCAUCAUCCUCAAUCCUCAUGUCCACCUUGUGGGUGACGAUGCUGCUUGCAUUGCAUACAUACGGCUCACACAGUACAUGGAUGGAAGUGGGAUGCCAAAGACUAUGCAGUCAGAGGAGACGCGGGUCUGGCACCGUCGUGAUGGGAAAUGGCAGAAUGUUCAUUUUCACCGUUCAGGGUCACCAACAGUACCUAUCAAUGCCUAGCACAGCGGGAUCCCAAUCAUGACUUCGGCCCCUAGAUGCUACGGUAAUACAAAUGAUAUUCUAAGCUGAGUUAGUUAACUACUUGCUUACACGUUCCCUUUCUUUUGUUUUCUCUUUGCAUAUGGCUCUAGCAUGUCUUGCAUGUAAAUGACAUUUGAUUCUUCCUUGUUACUUGGUUCAAUUUUUGUAUGAGAAUCUCGGUCCAUGGCAGUGUCUGUAAUAUAUGUGCUGAGGAAGUAAGUUAAACCUGGAGAUUCACAUCUGAAUUCUGCCCUCCCUCCUUUAAGAAAUCGGUUAAGGCACUUUGACUUCCUGCCUCAGUUUCCUUAUUUUUAUUUUAAUAGCCUCUCUGGCAUGUUGUAAAGAUGGAAAAUGUAUGUAAAGUGGUUUGAAAAAUAAAAGAAUGCCUUGUCUGA